AUGUCCGCGGAGACAGUGCCCGUAGAGCUGCCGACGACGCCGCAGGGGAAUAGCGACGCCCUGCUGCCGACAACGUCGCAGGGCAAGGACGAUAUUGAGGACGAUUGCGUGCCGGCGGGCGCCGGCGAGAUCCACGUCGGGUGCAGCGUGCGACUGCGGGCGCCGGGCCUCGAGGGCGACGGGCUGGAGCAGUAG